ACCACACAGUCUACAGAAUGAGAUGAGAUGACAAAAAAAAUGAAGUAUACUCAUCACCACAACAACAACACUUUCCAUCUCCUUCUUCACUCUCCAUGGCCUCACUAAUACGCCUCUCAAUUUCCAUCGACCCUUUCAAUUCAAACCCCUCAAAUUCAACCCACACCCCCAUUUCCAAAUCCCACCUUCGUUCUUCCAAAACAAUAAUCACACAUCAAAACCCAAACCAACCAAUCAAAAUCACCCACGCCUCCAUUCGUGCAUUAACCAAAAAACAAGACUGGGAAACCGCUGAAAAUCUCCUUCGUAAAAUCAUCUUAGCUUCGGAUUCCGAACCACAAUUAACUUAUCAAAUUUUCAACACACUCAUUUACGCUUCUUCAAAACGCGGGUUAGUAAAAUUAACUUCUAAAUGGUUUCGUAUGAUGUUAGAUUGUAACGUUACCCCGAAUGUGGCGACGUUCGGGAUGUUAAUGAGGCUUUAUCAGAAGAAUUGGAAUGUUGAAGAAGCGGAAUUUGUUAUGUCACAUAUGAAAAGGUUUAGUGUGGUUUGUGAAUCUGCGUAUUCGUCGAUGAUAACGAUUUAUACGAGGUUAGGGUUAUAUGCAAAGGCUGAAAGUGUGGUUGAGUUGAUGGAGAAAGAAGUGAUGGUUUUGAAUGUUGAAAAUUGGUUAGUGAUUUUGAAUUUGUAUUGUCAGCAAGGGAAAAUGGUGGAAGCCGAGAGAGUUUUGGCGAUAAUGGAAGAGGAGGCGGGGUUUUGUGUUGAGAAUAUUGUUGUUUAUAAUACCAUGAUUACGGGGUAUGGUAAGGCGUCGAAUAUGGAUGGUGCUGAGAGUGUGUUUUUGAGAUUAGGUGGGAGGAUUGAGCCGGAUGAAACUAGUUAUCGGUCGAUGAUUGAGGGUUGGGGUAGAGCGGGGAAUUAUGAGAAGGCAAGGUGGUAUUAUGAGGAGUUGAAGAGAUUAGGGUUUAAGCCUAGUUCGUCUAAUUUGUUUACAAUGAUUAAGUUGCAAGCGAAUGAGGAUGAUUUGGAUGGUGUGGUUGGUACACUUGAUGAUAUGGUGAGAUGUGGAUGUCAUUAUUCUUCGAUAAUUGGUACUCUUGUGAGUGUUUAUGAGAGGGCUGGGAAAGUUUAUGAGUUGCCGCGUUUGCUUAAAGGUUCGUUUUAUCGGUAUAUUUUGGUUAAUCAGAGCUGUUGUUCCACUGUGGUUAUGGCUUAUGUGAAGAAUAAGUUGGUGGAUGAUGCACUUAGAGUGUUGAGUGAUAAGAAAUGGAAGGAUUCGAGGAACGAGGAUAAUUUGUAUCAUUUACUGAUUUGUUCUUGUAAAGAGGCAGGUUUGCUUGAGGAUGCUGUUGGAAUAUAUAACCAGAUGAUGAAAAGUAAUGCUGACGAGAAGAAGCUGAACAAGCACAUUGUUUGUACAAUGAUCGAUAUUUAUAGUGUCAUGGGAUGCUUCAAAGAUGCAGAGAUGUUGUAUCUAAAGUUGAAGAAGUCUUCUUCACCAAAUUCGUUGGAUAUGAUUGCAUAUAGCAUUGUUGUGCGGAUGUACGUUCGAGCUGGAUCUUUGGAAGACGCUUGUUCCGUCUUGGAUGAUAUUGACAAGCGGCCUGAUAUUGUUCCUGACGUGUUUUUGUUGCGUGAUAUGUUGCGGAUUUAUCAGAGACGUAACAUGGUGGAUAAGUUGGCACAGGUGUACUACAAGAUCUUGAAAGAUCGGUUGAAUUGGGAUCAGGAGUUUUAUAAUUGUGUCAUAAACUGCUGCGCUCGAGCUCUUCCGAUAGACGAACUUUCAAGGCUUUUUGAUGAGAUGUUGCAGCGAGGAUUCAUGCCAAAUACAUUUACAUAUAAUGUCAUGCUUAAUGUUUUUGGGAAAGCAAAGCUUUUCAAGAAAGUUAGGAGGUUGUAUUUUAUGGCUAAGAAACAAGGCUUGGUUGAUGUCAUCACCUACAAUACUAUUAUAGAUUCUUAUGGGAAAAAGAAGGACUUCAGAAACAUGUCAAGAACUGUUCGCAAGAUGCAAUUUGAUGGAUUCUCAGUUUCCCUUGAAGCCUACAAUUCAAUGCUGGAUGCUUACGGAAAAGAUAGCCAAAUGGACGCGUUUAGAUCUGUACUGAAAAUGAUGAAGGAAUCAAAUUGUGCUUCUGAUCUCUACACGUACAACAUUGUGAUCAAUAUCUAUGGUGAACAAGGUUGGAUCGAAGAAGUCUCCGAUGUGCUCGCGGAGUUGAAUGAAUGUGGACUCCGACCUGAUUUGUGCAGCUAUAACACGUUGAUUAAGGCAUAUGGAAUUGCUGGAAUGGUUGAAGAGGCUGUUGAAUUGAUCAAGGAAAUGAGAAAAAAUGGAAUAGAACCUGACCAGACAACCUACACCAAUCUUAUCAAUGCACUGAAGCGAAACGAUAAGUUCUUAGAAGCUGUUAAAUGGUCACUAUGGAUGAAGCAGAUAAAAUUAUGAAUAUCAUAAACCUAUGGCAUUUUGUAAACGGUCUUGGAUUUUCUAACCCUGUUUAUUUUGAAGAAUAGCUUGACCCUAGAGUCCUACUUGAUUACAGUCACUGACCUUUUGCUUCCUUUGUGAAAUAUUUCUGUAUAUUCUGAGAAAUAAGAAAAUAAACACUGUAUAUUAUAUGUGUUGUUGCAAAGGAAGUUCAUUUCUUUAUUUGGUCUCUAGAUCUGUUACUUGUCACUGUAGAACUUAUAAUUUGGUGAUCGUAAAUUCUGAAUUUGAGUCGAGGACUCGAGACCUUGGUUUUUUGAA